GCGCACCCUCCCUCUCCCCCUUCUCUCCCUCCCGUUGCUAGGCCACGCGUGGGCGGCCGCCAUGUUGAAGGCCAAGGUGUUGCUGGUGGGGCCCUGCGAGUCUGGAAAAUCCGUGUUGGCAAAUUUUGUUUCAGAGAGCAUAGAGGGAAUUGGCAGCUAUGUCCCGACACAAGGAGUAAGGAUCCUGGAGUAUGAGAAGCCGAACUUAAAUGGGAACAGCAAAGGAGCUGGGUGUCGAUUUGAGCUGUGGGACUGCAGCGGUGAUCAGAAGUUUGAAACAUGCUGGCCAGCUCUUAUGAAGGAUUCUCAUGGCGUAAUAAUAAUCUUCAAUCCUGAGCAGCCCAGUCACCUGAAAGAAAUCGAAAUGUGGUACUCGUGUUUCGUGCAGCAGCAGCCACUGCUCGAUAGCCAGUGUCUCCUCGUUGCACAUCACAAGCCAGGCAGUGCAGAGGACACAGAAAAUCUGUCCUUAGCUUACCCAUUGAACAAGCUGAAACUGAUACAUUCCAACUUAGAAGAAGAUCCUGAAGAUGUUCGGAUGGAAUUUAUGAAAUACUUCAGAAGCAUUAUAAAUGUAUUAAAUGAGAGCAGAGAGAAGGAAGAAAUGUCAAUUAUUUCAUAACACUAGAAGAAAAUAAAGAGAAAGGAUUGUUUUAACUUUGUAAGCCGUGCUAGCAACAUCCUUUGCAACUUUUUGACUCUGGCAAGUCAAAGUUGCAGCCUUUCUCAUGACAGCUUUUCCUCUACUGCAACAAACUCACCCUCGUUGGGGACAAGAUAUGGGUCAUGUUGAGUAAGAAGGAAUCAAAACCUCAGUGCAGUGCAAUUACUUUGGCCUAUUCCUGGAGCUCCAAUAAGCUGGAAAAUAAGUGCUGCAUUUUUCAGAGGAGGAAAAGCUGCUUCAAACUUGGAUUACUGUUCCCUGUUGUACUGAAAUAAGUGGUUUCAUAGUUGAUUUACUUUCUGUUUUGUUUGGUUUACAUUCAUCCCUGUUCUUACUGUAUUCUGCUGUGGAAGGCAUUUUUUGUAAUGUAAUACUAAGGCAAUAAAAUUGUCUUUAUAAUAAAAUUGCAUCUUUUUUUGCCCUCAAAGGGAAAGUGAAUUA